UUUAGUUUUAAAGUAAAUGUUAAAUAAUUUUUUUUUUUUAGAGUUAGGGACUUACUGAAAAUGAAUAGCGAAGGGAUGUGUGGAUAACUGUCUCUCUUUUGAUAUGCUGCCUACAGCUAAAAUAAGACUAGUUACAAAGGGCCCCACCCCUGAAAUAACUUAAGGCACAGUUUAGAGCUAAUGUGUGUGCUCACACACAGACUACAGGAGCUAGAAACAAUUCCAAAGCAUGCAUGCGUGCAUGCGUGCUUACAACUCUGGCUUUCCCAAGCAAAAGCGAAAACUUGUGAAUAAGCUUAGAGGCUGAAGGGGUUAAAUGAAAUACAACUCUCCUUUUCCUGUGCAGUAAGGAUUAGUAACCAAACAGAAGCUGGAGAGAAGAGCACUUAAGAGCCACUGUUUGAACCAGAACUAGGAAAGUGGGUUUUGGAGCUUGGCUGCAGAGUGGCGUAAGUGUCUCCAACUUCUGCACUCGCCUUUCACAGGUACACGCGGAAGGUAAGAGCUGACUUUGUGUUCUGGGCUGUGUCCUGAUCCCUCUACCUGGAUAUCUAUCUUCUACUAGUCUUUUCAGCACAAGCUGCUUGUGCUGUUUAAACUAUUUUUUAUUUCCCACCAUUUUUUUCUUUCAGUUAAAAGAGUAGAGGGGAGAGGAGAGACCAGAGUCCUUAUGACUGCAGAAUUUUACUUCCUAGAAGGGAGGGAAGAAGACACUCUAUGUAUUUGGUGAACAUUAAUCCCUUUCACUCGCAGUUAAUUACACUGAGAUUUCGUGUAAUCAAAACUGCUGUUCCUGGCGUUGUGGUUUUGGGAAGCAGGGGAGUGGAAGGGGAAGGUGCCAGUUUGAUAGGAUGCUGGAAAGCCCGCUGGAGUCAGACAUACGUGCUCUGCUAGAAAGAACGCAGAAAGCAAGACAAAUGUAGCAGGGAUAUUGACUGGAGAAACAUAAUUUUUGCUGGUAGGAAUAAAAGCCUGCCUAGGUGCUACGACUCUUUUGCCCCCUAACUAUCACCCCUGGAGCGCUCAGCUGCUUCUGUUUGUGUGCUAGCAGGUGCUGAGGGGAGGGAGUGUCUUCUAAUCAGUGUUCCAUUGCUGUCAGCUGUGUGAGGCAGGAUCCGUUUGGGAGGCUCUCCCCAGCCAAACGAUGUUGUUGGAGUCAACAGACCUGUUUGUGAAAGGGAAGGUUUGCAGGACUGGAUCUCUCAUCCCUGAGGAAGUCCGAUGUGUGAGGCAGGCCAAGGCGACAGCUUCAGGGACCUGUCCUGGCACAGAGAUGGCAGAGAUGAAGAACUUGUUCCUUCUGCUCAUGCUAGCAAUGAUGCCACCUUCUGCACUUUCAGCCCGCCGGAUGAAACGGCAGAUUGAUGUCUGGGGGAGCUGGGGUGAAUGGGGCAAGUGCAGUCGGAGCUGUGGCGGUGGAGUCAGCUUUCGGCAGCGGCGCUGCUAUUCCCAAAGAACAGAAGGUGCUUCCAGUUGUGUUGGACCAACUCGAAGCUAUCGGUCAUGUAACAUUCAGAGCUGCCCGGAAGGCUCCUGGGACUUCCGGGCAGAGCAAUGUGCAGAGUUUGAUGGGACAGAAUUCCAAGGAAAGAAAUACAAGUGGCUUCCGUAUUAUGGAGCACCUAAUAAGUGUGAGUUAAACUGUAUUCCCAAGGGAGAAAACUUCUACUACAGGCACAAGGAAGCCGUGGUAGAUGGGACUACCUGUGAACCUGGCAAGCGGGACAUCUGUGUAGAGGGAGUUUGUCAGGCUGUUGGCUGUGAUAACGUGCUGGAAUCUGCCAAGAAGGAGGACAAGUGCCUGCAGUGUGGAGGAGAUGGCAGCAGCUGCUAUGGUGUGAAGGGCACUUUUGAUGUGCCCAGCCUCCCCAAAGGUUACAAUCAAAUCUUCAUCAUCCCUGUGGGAGCCACAAGCAUCCAAAUUAAGGAGGUUAUGCCUAGCAGGAACUUCCUGGCUGUCAAGAACGUGCAGGGGGAGUAUUAUCUGAAUGGGCAUUGGACAAUCGACUUCAGCCGAGCGCUGCAGGUGGCUAGCACGGUUAUGCACUACGACCGUGGCUUGGAGGGUGAUCUGGCCCCAGAGCUCCUCCAUGCCCGGGGUCCCACCACAGAACCCCUCGUCAUUGAGCUCAUCAGCCAGGAGCCAAACCCAGGGGUACAGUAUGAGUACUACCUGCCCAUGCAAGGACAGGCCUCGGGUUAUAGCUGGAGCUAUGGUUCCUGGAGUGAGUGCAGCUCCGAAUGUGGAGGAGGUUUCCAAUCCCGUUCGGUAUUUUGUACCAUAGACAAUGAAAUUUAUCCGGACUAUAUGUGCAGGAAUAAACCACAACCAGACAAUAACCGGACAUGUGGCCAUCAGACUUGUCCCCAGACAAAACGGACUUCUUACAUCUAUGUGCCGCAAGCCUGGAGUCACAGUGGAGCAAGGAGCUCUCGGAUGAAGAGGUGGAAAACGGGGGAGUGGGGAUCCUGCUCAGCUACCUGUGGUGGGGGCACCCAGACUCGCUCCGUUUACUGUGUGGCAUUCGACGGUCAGAGCUCCCAGGGGGUAGUGGAUAACGCUGAGUGCAUGGCCUUCACGCAGCAGCCUCGCAGCAGUCAGCCCUGCAACAUGAGACAGUGCGCGACCUGGAGCACAGGGCCCUGGUCAGAGUGCUCAGCCAGCUGUGGGGAAGGGGUCCAGACCCGGACUGUCACCUGCAGAACACAGCAGGGCUCCCAGGCUCAGGACUUCGCUUGCCUAAUGGAGCCAAAGCCAUUAGCCACCCAGCCCUGCCUUAAGGAGAACUGCAUCCAGGAAAUUGGCUGGCACGUUGGAGACUGGGGCCUGUGUUCGAAGAGCUGCAAUUCAGGCAUCCGGACACGCCAAGUCAUCUGCGCUGACGGCGACUCCAAAUUCUACAGUCCUGAGACAUGCAAAGCCAUCCAGCCACAGAAACCAGCCACCCUCGGUAGCUGCAACAUGCAGCCCUGCUACCUGCCACAGCAGGUCCCCAGUAUGCAGGACACUAUGGGAUACGAUGUCACUCGCCAGUCCUUGCUGAUGCGUUACAACCCAAACAGCCCUGCCACAGAUUCUGAUGAUGAAAGGAUGCUCUCUGGGAGCUCCAUGAUCCAUAGUACUUCUGAGAAUCACCACAUCCCAUCCACCAAGGACCGUGGCAUCAAUUUGUUGCCUGUUCGCUGGGAAUCCCAGUCACGCUCAUCGGGUUCCCAUCAGCUCAGCUCCUCUCAGGACCCCACUGCAGGGACUGGCUCUCAGGACUGUCAUCGGAGCCCCUACGGCUGCUGUCCGGAUGGGCACACUCCGGCUUCAGGACCCUUGGGGAGAGGCUGCCUCUUCAGCACCUGCCACCAAAACAGGUAUGGAUGCUGUCCUGAUGGAGUAUCGGUUGCCCAGGGUCCAAACAACAUGGGAUGCCCACAAUAUUACCGUGAUGUUCAAGUGAGCAGAAAUCAGCCCACUGCAGCUGCUCCAACAGCAAGCCAAGCCUUGUCCCAGCAGCACCCCUCGGGCGAGUGCCGCAGUUCCGUAUACGGCUGUUGUUUUGACAAUGUCGCUUCAGCUUCAGGUCCUCGAGGGGAAGGAUGUCUCAAUAGGCCCAACUACCCAUAUCCUGUCAUAUGCCUGCUGCCCAGUGCCCACGGCCCCUGCAUGAACUGGACCACUCGCUGGUACUUUGUGACUGUCGUUGGCAAGUGCAACCGGUUUUGGUACGGCGGCUGUCACGGCAAUAAAAACAGCUUUGCCUCGGAGGAGGAGUGCAUGAGAGCAUGCCACAACUCUGAGGGGGUCAGUCCUCUGGAGCAUCAGCCCUCUUCUGGCACAGGAACCCUGCAACACCAGCACACUGGCUCCCACUCUCAUACAGGGGAUGCUCGGGGUCAGCAGCAGCCACCCCUGAGAGAGUCUGCAAGUCACAGCCAAGAAGGAAGAGCCUAUGGGGCUUCACACCCCACGCAAGACAGCCACAGACAGGACAGCUGGAGAAGUGAGGUGCUGCCAGACUCUUUGCCAAGGACUGGUGUGCUGGAGAGCCAGCGCUGGAGCACCCAGCAAAGCAGAGCAGACAGCCUGAGCCAGCUGCACUUGUGGGAAACAGCAGUGCCUGGCCCCUCGGAGAGGCAGAGUAGCAGUGGCCAGCAGAUGUUGCCCCAUGAAGGCAAGCAGUGGCAUAAAGCUUUCAGAGCAGAUGUUUCCAUGACGGAGGGAUUUGGGCACCAGACAGCUGUGGACCCGUUCCCAACACGGGCUCUGCACAGACCCAUCCUGGAGGAAGCCAAGCCCUCUCUUGUGAGAGCAGUCGUGGGACAAAACAUCCAGCUGGUCUGCAAGACAGGCAUGUCCCCCUCCUCCAGAGUGGAGUGGAUGAAGGAUGGCCAACCAGUCUCCUCUAACAGGCACACCUACCAGUCCGACAGCUCCUUAGUGAUCAGCCACGUCAAGCUGGAGGAUGCCGGGACUUAUACAUGCCUCAUUUCUGAUGGGAGGACAGAGAGCCGACAGAUUCAGUUACAGAUCAUAGAGUACCAGAGCACUAUUCUGGCAGAGGGUGAGAGAGGUUGGGUCCUUCACAAGGAAAAUCAGCAGCAUCGAGAGCUAUCCAGAGGCAGGAAGGUUGUACAAGCUGCUGGUUCCUCUGUGCAUCAGCAGUUCGCAUACAGAUUGAGAAUGGAUAAGAGUGAGCCCUCAGUAGUGGAGGCCAAUGUCGGGGAGAGAGUCAGACUGCCCUGCACAGUGGAAGCAUCGCCGGCUCUCACCAUCGAGUGGCAGAAAGACGGGCAGCCCCUCUCCUCUCCCAGACACAGGCAGCAGUCAGACGGGGCCCUGGUGAUCAGCCGGGUCAGCUCUGAAGACGUUGGCUUCUUUACCUGCAUUGCCUCGAAUGGACGUGACCAGGACCAGCGCCAGGUCCUGUUCCGACCUCUAGGAGAGCUGAGGAUCACUGGUCUUCUGCCAAGCAUCACGGUACCUGAGGGAGGGACUGCUCAGCUUCACUGUACAGUGACUGGCAACAAUGUGAAUAUAAGGUGGUCAAGGAACGGAGUCCCCAUGCGGGCAGAUGGCCGCCACAUCCACCUGUCCCAGGAUGGAAGACUGAUCAUAAGCAACGUUCAAGAGGCUGAUGAGGGAUCCUACACGUGCAGCGCCUACAGCAGCAGCAACUCUGUCAGUGCCAGCACGGAGGUGAAAGUGCUGAAGAGCAGGCCUAGCACUCCUGUGAAUCAUGUUGUGGACCUGAGCCGAGAGUGCGUGGACCAGCCACACCUCGCCAACUGUGACCUGAUACUGCAGGCCCAGCUCUGCAGUAACGAAUACUACUCCAGCUUCUGCUGCGCUAGCUGCUCUCGCUACCGACCGCAGGCCAGCCCUCCUCGUCACCGCGGGUGACAGACACCUCCGUGGCCACAUGAAAGUACAGGUGACCGAUUGCAAGACUGGCACUCUGAACUCUGUCCUUUUACUGCAUGAAACUGUUCUGGGAGCUCCGCCCUGCUGGAAAGCUCAAGAGGGUGAAUUGAACAGGGUGUAGUGGGUGUAACUGUUCAAAGGUGGGAGACCCACCACCCUCAAGUUUAUUGCAAACUCCUCCCCCCCCCCCCCCCCCCCCCCCCCCCCCCCCCCCGUAUGCCUUGCUGUAGCUAAUCCAUCUCUUCACUUAAGGGUAGCUGCUGUCAUGCACAGAACAAGAUGAUAUUGGGAAUGUAAGGAUGCUGUGAUUUAGAGAAGGCAGAUAACCAGCAUGAAAGAGGGAGAGACCAAUUCUUCAUACAAGCAAGAGAGACAAGUGCUCUUAAAAAAAUAGUUUCUGAAGUGUUUGAAGAUGGGCCUGAACUGGCUUAACCAAAGCACUAAUGAGCAAUGAACAUUUGUAAUCCUGGGGAGCACUUUCCAUCUAAAUGCAAUGACUCUGGCCGUGAGAAACAGUUUGAUGCAUAUAAAAUUAGUGUUCAGGUCCUAUGAGAUUACUGGCUCUAGGGAUGCAGCUGUAAUGUCACGUUACUGUAGCUGUUUUAUUCCAGUAGACUUCAGACAAAUUUCUAGUUGGGUCAGUUUGGUUUCUACUUGACUGUAAUCAGCUUUGGAGUGAAAUGCAGAAGCAGUGCUUCACAGAAAGCUUAAAGACAAAAUAGAAAAAUACUUUUAGCCCUUCCUGAAUGUUAGGGGUAAUUUAGAUGAAUAUACCAACACUCUUAUCUGUUCUGAGAUGCUGCACUUUAAAUAUCACUUGCUCUACGAAGGCUCAGCAGAUUAUUUGGGGUUUUUUUGUUUGUUUUUUUUUUUUCCUGAGCCAGAACUGUCCUGUUGAAUUUAUUGCAAAGCUGGGCUCAGUGGUAGUGUUGUGCUGAGUUUCAGCUUGUGGAGGCAAAUAAUAUACACAUAGAAAUACACGUAGGGUCAUUUGACUUGCCAGAAUAAAGUUCCCAAUGAUCUGCUCUAGUCUCAGUUAAAUCCAGGAGAGCCUGGCUCUGUGUGUGGCCUGGGCUGAUUCCUGCUGCUAUGGGCUAACAAGCGAGGAUGUGCAGAUGCAGAGCAGCUAUAGCUGAAAAGCAUCCCUUCAUUUCAAGUCUAACACUGAGUGGCAGUGAGUGCAUAUGAGGCUCUGAAAGAGAAAGUCUCAGGCAGUAAGGGGCGGGGGGGGGACGUGAGAUUAUAUCAUGAUUUGUUAAACUAGGAAAAGCCCUUGGCUGUCUUCAGUAUCUCAAAAUGGAAUUAUUUCUGAGCAAAAGCAUUUUUUUACAGCCUCCAGAAUAUUGUUUUAUCCUAGCAUCAGCCCUAAGAGUCCCCCCUUGUCCUUAUUCAAACUCCCUGCUGAGACUUGGAUGGGUUAAUCGUAGUAAUUGGCACUAUCACCCAUUUGUUAUUUGCAUAGAUGUAGCUAUAAACUAGUAGACUGGUGUGUAGUGUUGAUGUUUUGGUUGGGGGGGGGUGUGGGUGGAGAACUGGCUUUUUAAUUUUUUUUUUUUUUUUCUUCUCCUACUUCUGUUACUUUAAGGCUUCUAAGGCAGGCAGCUAAUUCAGGACUGUGCUCACACCAUGCUCCUUUUAGUCCAGACUCAGUACUCAGGGCAGCAGUAAUACAUAGGUGUAAAUCCCCAGGCUUGACAGCCUAAAGCUGGUUUGGACUCUAAAGCCGGUAAAUCAGUUCAGAUGCACCUAAAAAUAAGAAUUGCUAACCUAAUGAUUGCACUUUCUUCAGCACAGGUAUGGUUUCAGGGUUGGACACACUGCUUUGAGGGGAACAAACUGAAAAGUCUAGAAGCAAUGCAGUAAAGGAGUGAGAGGUGACAGUCAUCCAGCUAUUUGGGGGUGGGUCUUUCUGUGGUGUCAUAGAUUCUGCUUGCUAGAAAAGACAAAAAUACUUAUUUUGCAGUUAAGAUCCUUUAAUUUGAUUAGGGAAAACUUCCUCUGCUAUAAUUCACAGUAGGCAUUACAGUGUAAGGUUUGAAGUUGACAUCAUUGGAUAUUUAAGAACAAUGAGAUGGUCCUGAGAACUUCUAAUUGUGUUUGUACGUAAUUUUGCAUUUAAUGUCUCAGACCAGCACCUUUUUUUUUUUUGUGUGUGUGUAUAGGAUAUUUUAGUAUAUAGUAUGACUUUGCCUUCUGAGACCAGGGACUAAUGACAGACUGUAAAUUCCAGUCUUAGCAAAGCCCUCUCAGUUCACAUGCAGCAGGCAUGUGGACGGUAGUCAAGGUCUGGGGACAUGCUCAGGAGCACAGUUACAAGGUGACUGUGGUGCAUCGGACCUUUUUGUCCUGGUGAGUGUUUAUUCUGACCUCCUUUCAGCUGCAUAACCAUGAUAGUAAGGAUAGUAUUGGAAGGCAUACCAUCACUGUCAUAGUUAACUAAAGGGUCUUUUUACACCACUUCUAUUUGACAAGCUGAGCUUUUCCUUCUAUGUAGUACCACCUGACUGCCUAACAGAAUGUCUACUUUUUUAAGAAUCAAGAAGUUCAAUGGAUUGUAGGAAGGUCAUAUCUCUCUUACUGUUACCUCCAGGGCAGGGGAGGGUGUAGCUAUACUAGGCUAUUUUCUGCUGAGCUUGGGGCGCUGGUGUGAAAGAUAUAGAACUAAUAGAAUAAGCUAUACAUGCUUUCUUUCCUAUUAUAAAUGUCUAUAAACACAUGCUUGCUUUUUGAAAGCUGAAUAUACCAUAGGGAGUGUUGGUCUUACUAUUCAUAUCAUACUCAAAACAGGUAAGAAUUUGUAAAGAAAAAAGUCCCAGUUUUCUAGACCAUGUCACCAUGAGACUCGCUGUACUUGCCUGGAAAUGGAAACUGCUGGCAAGCUCACCUGCUAGGGCCAAACAAAGGGAGCAUUUCUUCCUCUUCAGGUUAUAAAGUCUGACUUUUCCUUGUGUCUAAACUGACUUGAUGCACAUAAGAAUGGAGUAAGAAAGAGCCAGUCAAACUAACAGGGUAAGUAUCAGCUCACUGGAAGAACAGAAAAGGAGUGAAAAUACACCAUCUUCCCAUAUGGGUUUUAGGAUCUUCACUCCUUUUAGUAGUAGGGGAAAGAAAAAAUCUUUUCCCUUUUUGACUGUCUGUCUUUGUAUUUGUCUUUCUGUACAGUAUUAGAAAAUACAGUGAUGCAAACCCAGUCUGAUGUUUUCAGUAAAGCCCUCCAUUUUAGAGCUUUAAAUAGUUAUGGGUCACAAGGAUAUUUGCAAGUUCAGUCUUAAAGUUCAAGGUAACAUAACAUGGUGUACAAAAUGAGAGGUGUUAAGAUACUCUUAUUAAGCUUCUAGGUUGGCAAGCAGGCCUCAUCUACAUUCACCUACUAACACAGAAGAUACCCAGAAGGGCAAAUGCUGAAAACUGAAUGGGGGGUGGGAAAUAAACCUUUCACAGACACUGCUUCUACCACCAACAUUUAUUUCUGUUAAAGCAGAUUAUAAAUCAUCAGUACAAAUAUAUAUAACUUACAUUUGCUUGUAAGGCCAAAGUUUAAAAGUAAAGUUAAAAUGAGAUGGUUUUCACAAGUCACCAGAGGCAAAACCUGGACCAGCUGCAGCCUUUACCACAAGGUUUCACAAUCAGUGGGAAAAAAAAAACCAA